AGAGUAUGGGGAAAUAGGGAAGGAUUAAGUGUUUAAUGUGAUGGUUUUCAUACAUUGCUUCUAACCACAGAGUAUUUUGUUGCUCAAAUUCUAGUGUAAUGGGCUUCAGACCAUAAAAUGCUUUAUUUAAUCUUGACUUGAAAGCAAUCCCAGCAAAGUGGACUGCUUGUAGUUUCCCUGGGUGGUACACACAAGCCAAGUCGCAGAAGUGGAUCCAAACGUGCUUGUUAUUCUAAAUGCUAAUUGAUUUUUAGCAGUUAAAAGUCUCCCUUUGUUUAGUUUGAAUUUCUUGUUUUGAACACGGCUUGUGUCUGCUUUGUUUUUUUUUCCCCCUCAGAGCAAACAAGUUUAUACCCAGAUCUUUAUAGCCUUAAGAUAUUUCAAACUAUAAUUAGAUUUCUCUUUCCUUCCCCCCCCCUUCCAGGCUCCCUUGUUUUCAAGGCUGAACACGUUAGGCUUGAGAAGCUGUUGCCACUAUCUCAGAUGGUGUUUGUUUCCACCCUCUGCACUCUUAUGGUCGAGCACCUCAUUUUUCAAACUUAGUUUCUGCUUUUUUUUUUUGCAUUUGAGAGCACCCUUCCUUACCUCUGCGGGUUUUUCUCUUUCUGCGGUUUGUUAGUUUAGCUUAGACCAUAGAAAUUUCAAGCCUCGCACGCAUUUUUAUGCGAAGACUUGGCUUAAGGUGCGUAGUUUCCGAGCAAACAUCACAAACACGCACCCACAGCGUGCGCAUCUCGUUCAUAAAUCCAGAUUGUUAUCCCGAAGGUAUUAUUACAGCAGUGGGCUGUUUCCCGGUGGAUAUCACGAUAAUCCCGGUAUCCUCUAACGCGCCAGCCCCUGCCGUUUCCCAGUCCCGGCGGAUCGGAGGGCGGCGUUGGCGCCGCGGCCUCUUUAAGGGCUGCCGGGCGCGGGCGAAGCCUCGCCUUAGCGGCCCCCGCUGCCGCGGGACCGGCUCUACGCAAACAGCGCAGCGGGGCGGGCGGGGGGCGGUUGCGCGCGCGCCGCCCGCGCCCCCUGCACAAAGCAAUUGUUGCUUUUUGGGGCGGGGGGGAGCGUCCUUACGUGUAAAAUCAAUCUCGAGCGCGGUUUCAGUUCGAGAGAGCUGGGGAGAUGUGUCAGAGCUUGUUACCCGAGCUAAAUUAGGUAAUUUUUAGCUGGGUAAACGUUGCUAAUCUUUAAACCUUUAUGUUUUUAAAUCCUGCGUGUGCCUGGUCUCUUCACACAAAAGUGUAUUUUGCUUGUUUCUUCCCGUCUUCUUCAGUCUGAAGCCUUAUGUAGGUCAGGCUUGGCUUAAGCAGAUUUCCUGAACCUGCGUCAGCUUAAGCUGAAGGAAUUUUAAUAAACCCUCCCUUGUAGGCGUGGGCCUAAAUGAGACUAGCCUAGUUAAGCCUGAUCUUUUUCUGUUUGUGAAAAAGAGCUGAGCAGAGCUAGGGACUGCAUGGUGGCUUCAGGAACGGCUUCCUUAAUUCCAAGAUAACAAUGGUUGGGAAGGCCAGAUCUUCUAAUUUUACCUUAUCUGAAAAGCUCGAUUUGCUAAAACUGGUGAAGCCUUACGUUAAAAUUCUUGAGGAACAUACCAAUAAGCAUUCUGUAAUAGUGGAAAAAAACAAAUGCUGGGAUAUCAUAGCUGAUAACUACAAUGCCAUCGGAGUAGAUCGCCCUCCUCGCACUGCACAGGGCCUGCGCACGCUGUACAAGAGGCUCAAAGAAUAUGCCAAGCAGGAGCUAUUGCAGCAAAAGGAGACUCACUCAGACUGUAAAAGCAGCAUUUCCGAGCCAACCAAGAAAGUUGUGGAGAUGAUUCCACAGAUUUCCAAUGUGUGUUUAAGGGACAGGAGCGGUGUUCAAAGUGCUAGUAUCGAUAAAGAAACAAUUGCUGGUACCAGUUCACCACAGGCAAUGUUGGAUCACCAUCCCACGACAGUCAUGAUGGAGUUGCAAUCAGAAGAGGAUGUCAAACCUCCUCCCUCUUUGAUUAUAGACUCACAGCAAAAUGAGACCUUAGAACAAGAGGAAGAACACCAGCUGGUCCAUAUUAUGGAACGAUCUCCUUCAACAUCAGUAUCUUCAGUUGAUAUGAGAGUGAUGAUGUCUCCCUCUCCUGUACCAAGAAGAGAUGAGUUUUUUAGGCUUGAGGUUGGAGAACGCUUUAGACCAAUGUGUGGGUAUGACCCGCAGAUGUUACAAAUGCUGAAAGAAGAGCAUCAAAUAAUAUUAGAAAAUCAGAGAAAAAUUGGUCUUUAUGUCCAAGAAAAAAGGGAUGGUUUGAAAAGAAAGCAGCAACUGGAAGAAGAACUGUUGAGAACAAAAAUCAAAGUAGAGAAGCUGAAGGCAAUACGACUACGCCGUGAUCUGCCAGAAUACAGCAAUAUCUAAAUAUUUUAUUACUUCUGUCAUAUUCUUUGAAAUACUUAAUAAUAAAUGCUUUUGCCCUAGCAAAAUUGUUCCUUAUGUUAAUAUGGAUGGAUCAAGAUCUGGGCUUAAGAGAUGAAAGCAGAUUUUCCGUGUUGUUGCUUAUGUACCUUAGAAAAAUACCUUAUGGUAGCCUUCUAUGGGUUUGAAUGCACCAACUCUACUGGUCUGAAGUAUGGUCGAAUCCUGUAUAUUUAGUGUUUAGGUUGAUAAAAAUCCAAACUUUUAAAACAUUUCCACUUGUCUCUGUUAGAGUUGUUAUGAGCUAAUGGAAAUUUAGCUCAACUCUUUAAAAAUUUUGAUCACAUGCAUUAUUUUUUCAAGUGAUUACCUAUCCUUUAACAUCUUAUUGAAGUUACAGCUUAAUAAUCACAUUUAAAAAGGAGGACUAAGAAGCUAUAUUUAAAUGUCUUAUUCUUUUCAAGUUGGUAAAUCUUAUGACGGUGAGAUUUUGCUUUUACAUCAGCUUGGAAAAAAAAGGUACUGGAUUGCUAUAUUUUUUUAAUGUUCAGUAGACAGUCGAAUAAAUGUACAUCUUUAAAAAAGUUAAUACUUUCUAUUGUUUCCAGUGGAGGAGUGUUUCCAGAGGCGUUAUCAAAAUAGAAACAAUGAAUGCAACACUUGGUUUUUAAAACUGCAUGCAUGUGUAAUUUGUGUGUACAGUUACCAUGAUCGUAUGUUCAGUUAUAGUAAUUGGAUACUGGUGAUCCACCACAAAAAUGUCUAAUUUCCUCAUUUGCAUGCAUGAUUACUGCAGUGCAUGUGCAACCAAGAGAGUUGCAGGUGCCUUUGAUCAGUAUCACUUUGACUAGAAGCUACUGAAAUGAAAUAAUUUCUGUAUGUAAGUAACGUUACUGAAAUCAACAGAAGGUUCUUUGUUAUUCUGGGUACCUUUUAUAAAUGCUGCUGUUCUGGUCUUUUGAUUAGUUUCAAAUAAAAUGCUCAAAAUGAAAAAGAUACUGAUUCUUCUGUCUGUCCUAGUAGCAGCCGUUUCCUCUGCAGUAACUAUCAACAUUCAUAUCUGGAAAGCCUAAGUCCCAGGUGAUUUAUUUCUUCAUAAUCCUUAGUCUCCUGCCUGUUACGAAUGGAUCCGCAACACCUUUGACCUCUGGCUCCAUAUUCCCUGUAACAAUACUUUCUCCUUCCUCUAACCUUUAGCACAAGAAAAGGAAAUGAAGCACAGCAUCAAGGGAGAAGAGAGAGUAAAGGAGAUGUAAUUUCUCCUGUGCCUCCAUCUCAGAGGGCCCCAACCACAGAAAGAACAAAAGCAAUAGGAAGGAGAAUAUUUCUUCCUGCAGCUGCUUGUAACUGUUACUUGUGUCACCACUGUUUUCCCAAAUUUGCUUCUUUCUCCGUUCCCAUAGCAUAUGAACACGGGGCACUG